AUGAGUAUUUCGUUAUAUUUUGGGGUUCGGUUGAACCCAAUGACUUUUGAAAGAAUUCUUUUACAUUCAAUAAAUUCGUGUUGUAAAGUAGAGGAUUUAAAAUAUUUAGCAUCAAAUAAAACAAAUAUUCCCUUGGAAAAUUUAGAAUUAAUUUACCGUGGGAUUAUUUUGGAAAACAACUCAACUAUUGAAUCCUAUGGCAUUCAAUCGGGUGUCACUUUACAUGUUUUAAAAAAAAAAGAAAAAGCAAAACCCGGAAGUCUUGUUAAUGAAGCUGAUGUAUUAUAUUUAGUAUCUGCUUUUAAAAGUGCAACCAAAAAUCCAAAUUAUAGAGGUGCACUUCAGAGAUUGAGCAGACCAGAAGUGUUAGAAAAUAUUAUUGCUGCAACUCCUGGCCUAGCAGAGGAUCCUGUUGCUGUCUCGAUUAUUCAAGAUCCUGAACUAUUGACUCAAUUAUGUGAUGCUAACAUAGUCCGAAGAAUUGUUGAAGCUCAUCCAAGUCUUGCAGAGGCAGCUAAUUCUAUUAUUGCCUUUAUUGUACACGAAGAAGGUUCUUCUGCUGUAGCAGGGAAUCCAGGUACCAGUUCAGGCUAUUCUUACUCAUUAGAUGCUCUUAGUGAUGAUGAAGAAGUUGAUUCAUCCCAGUCAUCAGAUUCCCAACCGAGACAUGGAGCUGGUGAAAAUAUAUUUGCCUCUCCUAUUACCACUGCACAGCUAGCGGCAGCUUUGGCAAAUGCUACAGGAAAUGGAAACAAUCUGAGAGAAUCUGCUUCCGGGCCCAUAAUAACAACAGAAAUGUUCAAUCAAGCCAUGCAACAAGCUUUUGCAGGCACAGCAACAGAGAUUGGAGGCUCUGAUUCACCAAGAAGAGCUGUUAGUGUACCCAGUUUUGGAGAUUUAGAAGCAACAUCUAGACAAUUGGCAAGGCAUUUGCAGCAAAUGCACGAAUUAGGAUUAAGAGAUGACACCAUUAAUCUCCAAGCUUUGCAGGCCACUGAUUGGAAUGUUCAAGAAGCUAUUAAUUUAGUUUUCAGUGGUGCAAUUGGGGACACAGAUCUAGAUGAAGAAUAA